UCUUCGUCCUCGUGUGGUUCUUAUAAAUAAUACUCUCCCUCUUCCUCUUCCCUCUUCCUCUCCUCCUCCCCCUCCCUCUCCUCCCUCUCUCUCUCCCCUUCCCUCCCCUCCUCUCCCUGCCAUGGAUCAAUGAAUCUGCAGCUGCCCAUCGUCAUUGGCUGCUCGGACCCGCGCGGUCACCACGGCUCUGCCUUCACCGUCUACGUCGACUCUCCCUCUGAUCUCCUCGCAAACCCGCCCUCGCUCGUCCUCCUCCUCGCCUUCGCCGGCGUCCGCGUCCCCGUCGCCCUCGCCCGCACCGCACCGCCCCAAAACACUUCCCCGUCCUCGUCCUCGUCCCGCUACUUUGCCCUCACCGCCCAGAUCCCCCAUCUACCCGACCGCUUCAUAAACCAGCGCAUCCCCGUCCUCCUCCUCGUCGAAGACCCCCGCUCCGGCCACGAACUCGCCUCCAUCCCCGUCGAGUCCUACGCCCUCCUCUCCUCGCCCCUGCCCCACUUCCUUCCCCACCCCCGCAGGCAGUCCUACGACCUCCAGCCUUCCUACGCCACUUACUCGCCCUUUCCCCAGCAAUUUGACUCGUACUCGCCUCUCUCCCUCCAGCAGCAGCAGCAGCAGCAGCAGCAAAACCCUUUCGCUCCUCCGCCUCGCGACUAUCUGCGCUACUCCCCUCCUCCUCCUCCACCACCUCCCUCGUCUGCUUAUUCCCCUGCGCGGUCCUCGGCCUCAUCUGGCUCAUCGUCGCUCUACCAACAACCACCUCCACCACCACCACCGCCACCUCCACAACAGCAGCAACAGCACUAUGCCGAGUCUCUGCCGUCAAUCUCCUCCUCGAUCUACUACUCCGGCAUACCACCACCCCCGCAGUCCUCUCAACUCUACCUGCAGCAGUCAAAGCCACAACCAUCAUCACAGCCACAACAAACCCCACAGCACUCCUUGACUGGCGACUACGGCGACGACAGCGGUUCGGCCAUGCUCCCGCUGCCUAUCCUCGUGCGCACCUCGACACUGCCCAACUACGUCUCCUCCGCCCCGUCGUCGGCCUCUUCACCGCUAGCCCAGCACGUAUCGCCCGCGGACCACCAGCCGUCGUCGUCGUCAGCGAUGCGCGCGAGCCUGCGAAUCCACACCGACCUCGAGGCGCUGACCCACAACUGGACGGCGGACGAGUGGAAGUCGCAGCGCCGGCUCGUCAAGUUCUCGUACACGCAGCACGGGUCCGUCAUCCGCGUCACGGCGGCGCCGUUGAGUCAGCAGGAGUACAUCUCGAGCGUGCCGUCGGUGUCGGGGAAUUCGCUGUCGCAGCGGCGCGGGCAGGGCGAAUGCGUGAUUUCGUGUCUGCACUGGGCGCGCAAGAAGGAGUACUACGUGACCUCGGUCGACACGAUCGCGCUGCUCGAGCAACUGGUGUCGUCGCAUUUCACUGUUGAGGAGAAAAACCGCAUUCGCCGAAACCUGGAGGGGUACCGGCCGCUGACGGUGUCGAAGGGUAAGGCCGAGUGCGAGCAUUUCUUUAAGCUGAUUAUGGGGUUUCCGAGUCCGAAGCCGCGAAAUAUCGAAAAGGACGUGAAGGUGUUUCCGUGGAAGGUUUUAGGACCGGCGUUGAAGAAGAUAGUUGGGAAAUAUGUAUGUAGUUUCACAACUCGUUGUUCGCUGUUCUUUUGUGUCGAGUUAUUUUAGUUACUAACAGGACGAUAUCAGUCCGCGAUGCAGGAUAGUUUGAUUCUACAGUCGCCUACGCUUCUAAAGCAGGAGAAUCAAGGACUGCAGAGCACUACAGGAGCGAUGAAUUCGCCGCGGAUGGCAGGCAGCAGUUUGACAUCUCUAUACGGCGGACAAGCGAGUCUGUCUACGUCGUCCACCCUCCCGCCAGUUGAACCGCCGAUGCUAGAUAACGCAGGCAAAU